GAAGUGCUCUACAUAGCUAACUUAAAAUUACUUGAUGGUUCGGUGUUAGCAACCUCUGAUAUCUGCUUUAUCAAUUAACUUUAUUCAUUAACUUUAGGUAGUCAACAACAGAACUGUUUUUAAUGCAUAAUGAAUUUAUUGGGAACGUUGAUACUCUGGAUGGUCUCUGCUGUUUCUGGCAAAUCAGAUGAUGACGGUAUGGUGCAAAUACCUGGAGGGCGUUUUAGAAUGGGCACAAAUUCAGCAGACGGAAGAGAUGGCGAAUCGCCAAUAAGAGAGGUGUCUGUUGGACCCUUCGCCAUUGACAAAUACCCCGUCACAAAUUCAGGUUUCAGGGAAUUUGUUAGAUCACAGAAAUACAAAACCGAAGCAGAGGCUUUCGGUUGGAGCUUUGUUUUCCAGGAUUUUGUAUCAGAGGAGCUGAAGAGCAAAGUAACGGAAAAGAUUGAAUCCGCUCCUUGGUGGCUACCGAUUGAGAAAGUGUUUUGGAGACAGCCUGCUGGGCCUGGCUCCGGGAUCAAGGAUCACCUGGACAAGCCAGUGGUGCAGGUGAGCUGGAAGGACGCAGGGGCGUUCUGUGCAUGGAGAGGCAAGAGGCUUCCCUCCGAGGAGGAGUGGGAGUUUGCAGCCAGGGGCGGUCUCGAAGGAAGGACGUACCCUUGGGGCAAUAAGUUUCAGGCAAACCGCACCAACCUAUGGCAGGGUACAUUUCCAGAUGAGGACACUGCAGAGGAUGGUUACCAUGGAAUCUCCCCUGUCACGGCUUUCCCUCCACAGAAUGACUACGGGCUGUAUGACAUGAUGGGGAACGUCUGGGAAUGGACCUCCACCCAGUUCCACGGAUCGCAGCGCAUGUACGUCCUGCGAGGGGCUUCCUGGAUCGACACUGCAGAUGGAUCGGCCAAUCACAGAGCACGGGUCACCACCAGGAUGGGCAACACACCGGACUCUGCCUCUGAUAACCUGGGUUUCCGCUGUGCGGCUGGUCCUGCCCCGAAACACCAGAACACCAAGCCCAAAACAGACCUUUAAAAAGAGCCCAAACCUUCAGGAUGAGAACGCUCAUGUCUGGAGAGGCAGGAACUGCCGGUUCUCUCCUGUGGAGAUUCUCAGACCCAAAACAACUACCUUUUUAUGUGAAUCUUCCGUUUUCAGACCCUACUGUGAAAUAGUUACCUUAAUAAAAAGGGAUCAUUUUUAACCA